AUGUCGAUGAUGAGAGAGAGCAUAUCAAAGAGGAUCGUCGACUUCAUAAUAGCGUUGGCGACUUUGCCUGAUGCAAUCAACUACUCCUCCCAGCCGAAGACGGCAACUACUCAUCAUCCGCAUGUCACAUCUGGAGUCCUCACUUUCCAGCCGGGUGAACCCGUUGUGUUUGAAGAAAAUGGUGUUCUUUGGCGGGAUCUUCCAAACUGGUCCAUGAUGAUUACUGAAACACAUCAAGGACCGGAAACAAUGGCUGAUCAAGCAUCGCGGGAAAGAUAG